AUGCAUCCAUUCAACCGUGGCUUCAUUCCUCCACGAUCAAGUGCGGACCCAAACCAAAGUGGUAAUCCUACUCGCCCCGUGUCGCCGGUUCCCACUAGACCCAACCCUUUCGGCUCUGGUUUUCUCGAUUACAAUCAACAAAGUCCCGGGUUCAUGAAUCUUUUGAACCAACCGCUAUCAUGGGACCUUAAUCUCUACGGGUGGAACCCGAAUCAAAACACCGAUGGGAUGGGGUCGUCUCAAGCGUUUGGGUCGGCUCAAGCUUUCGGCUCCCCACUACACGAACCCGAUGUUGUUCCGGAAACACAACCCGAGGUAGCGGAGACGCAAAAAGGAAAAGGAAAAGCAAAACGGCCACAUAAAAAGAAAGUGGAAACCACCACCCGAGCGAAAAAAAAUGUGAUAACGUGGGAGCCCGAAGAGGAGUAUGCGUUAACCCGCGCUUUCAUCGAUGUUUCGGAGGACCCGGUUAUAUCAAACAAUCAAAGUAAAACCGUUUUUUGGAACCGAAUACGAGAACUUUUUUUCGAUCUCAUGGGUAGAGGAGACGAAUACCGCCUACCGGACUCUAUAUCGGGGAAGUGGACCGAUAUAAACAAGAAAUGCACAAACUUUCAAACCGUGUACCAACGCUUGUUUUCCGGAUGGAAAAGUGGAAGUAACGAUGAAGACAUUACGCAAGCGGCAUUGGUCGAGUAUACGGAGGCUAAUGGCCAUUUCCCGUACAUGAGGUGUUGGCAAAUCCUUCGCCAUAGCCCCAAAUGGGCCACCGUAUCUACUCCGAGUGGUCGGUUCGGGAAAUACACGGCCAUCAAAGAGGUCCAAAACAAACGAGUCGGGUGA